UCUCCGACGCCCCGCCCAGCUGAGGCAAGCGUGCGGCGCGUGAGCGACCGCGGUAGUGAGGGCGGGUGUUUUGGGCCGUGGGGCGCGGAAGCCUGGCGUGUUGGCUAUGGCUCCCUGGGCUGCGGCCCAGCUCUGGGCGCUGAACCCGCUGCGCGCUCUGUGGCUCACGCUGGCCGCCGCCUUCCUGCUGACCCUGCUGCUGCAGCUGGUGCCGCCUGGCCUGCUCCCGGGCUGCGCGCUUUUCCAGGACCUGAUCCGCUAUGGGAAAACCAAGCGUGAGGGGCAGUCGCGCCCAGCCGUCUGCCGGGUCUUUGAUGUCCCCAAGAGGUAUUUUUCUCACUUCUACAUCAUCUCAGCGCUAUGGAAUGGCUUCCUGCUUUGGCACCUUACUCAGUCUGUGUUCCUGGGAGUGCCUUUUCCAAACUGGCUUCAUGGUCUGCUCAGAAUUCUCGGGGCUUCCCAGUUCCAAGGGGGUGAGCUGGCGCUGUCCGCAUUCUUGGUAUUAGUAUUUCUGUGGCUACACAGCUUGCGAAGGCUCUUCGAAUGCUUCUAUGUCAGUGUCUUCUCCAAUACUGUAAUUCAUAUCGUGCAGUACUGUUUUGGACUUGUCUACUAUGUCCUCACCGGCCUAACUGUGCUGAGUCAAGUGCCAAUGGACGGCAGGAAUGCCUAUGUGAUAGGGAAAAAUCUCUUGAUGCAAGCUCGGUGGUUCCAUAUCCUCGGAAUGCUGAUGUUUAUCUGGUCGUCUGUCCAUCAGUACAAGUGCCAUGUCAUUCUUGGCAAUCUCAGGAAAAAUAAAGCAGGGGUGGUCAUUCACUGUAACCACCGAAUCCCUUUUGGAGACUGGUUUGAAUACGUUUCUUCCCCAAACUACUUAGCAGAGCUGAUGAUCUACAUUUCCAUGGCUGUCACCUUUGGAUUCCACAACUUAACUUGGUGGCUAGUGGUGACAUAUGUUUUCUUCAGCCAGGCCCUGUCUGCUUUCCUCAGCCACAAAUUCUACAAAAGCAAAUUUGUCUCCUAUCCAAAGCAUAGGAAAGCUUUCCUACCAUUCCUGUUUUAAUAUAACCUCAGUCAUGAAGCAUGCAAACUAGGUGACAGGUUCAAUUCCUCAGGACAACAAAGUCUAGGGACCAAAGCACAGUUUCUGCAGAACUGUUUGAAAUCCUGCGUUCCGUUUUUACACCCAAAAGUCUUCACUGAAUUAGCAAAGCAAGACCCCUCAAGAAAAUGAAUCUUCAAAGAAGAAAUCCUUCUGGCAGGCCUGGGAGUGCUGUGUCUGCCUUCCGAGAUGCUUUAUCAAACCAACCAACUGCUAACAAGUAGAUGAGACUUCUCCAAGCUGCCCCACAAGCACACUAACCAAGAAUAUACAAAUGGCUUCACACAUGCACGUACAUCCCCCAAGAAAGAGAGGAGACCAUCCAUGGCUUUUUGUCAGGGAUAAAUGAGCUGGACUACAUAGUAACCAAUAUAGUAGGUGCUCAGUAACUGUUGCAUUUCAAUAAAAGCAGAAAAGCUUUUAAAAUAACAAUAUAUAAUUUCACACCAACAGAGUCAGGGGAAAAUGAGGUUGUUGGAGAUAGUUUAUACUUUCACAUACGGCCACAAAGAUUUCCAGUUAUGUAACCAGCAAGAGUGGUUUCCACUCAUCUCCCCCUCAAAUCAUAGGAAACCUCUUUUAUUUAAUACUUUUUUUGACAUGACUUUCAAGGAAGUACCUUAAAAGUGAAAGCAUCUGAAAAUAAAAUAUUUUUAUAUUUA